UCAGCAAUUAGGCACAGCAUCCCAUGGCUUGAAUCUUUGUGUUCACACUGCGGAAUAAACAUAAAGCCAAAACCAAUCUUAUACUUAGUCUGGAUCUUGUUUAAAUUAUCAUUUUUGCUAUUGUUUAUUUUCAAGAAAAGUUCAACUUAUAGAGGUGGAAAAGAGUAUCUAUGUAAGAGAUGUGGUCUUGUUCAAGCUUAAAAUUCUUUACAUUUAAUUUCAAACAUAUUGUGAUACAGAUGUGGCCUCAUUUUGGCUUGUUUCUUUCUUUUGGUGCAUGUCUUUUGUGGUGCAUUAGGUAAUCCAUUCAUUUGAUAACACACGAGCACCCAGUUGCAGCUGGCAGUUUUUUUUCAUUUACAUUCAUUUUUAGCUUCUAUCUCCUAAUCAGUGCUUAGCCAGGGAAAGGGGAAUCAGAAUCUUCUUCUUUGGUUGCUUGGGGGAAAGAUACCUUGUAGAGAACUUCUUCUCACUUGUCAUUUGAUAAGCAGUUUCGUUUUCCUUUGGCUAUUGAUGUUUAAUAUCCUUUCAUUUUUUGCUGCCAUCUGCCAAGUAUCUUUGCUCACCAGUGCCAUUUGAUCCUGAAACGUACCCUUUGUUUUUGCUUUUUCAGUAUUGUCUGAUCAGAUUAUUGCUGUUACUCACUUGCUCAGCAGUGCCAUUUGAUUCCAGUUUUCCAAGACAUUUGUUUUCUCUGAUUAUGAUUUCUAAACCAGUCAACCACCCAAGAACAUUUCCAUAUGAUUUCUAAACUUCAUACCUACCCUAAAAGAAAAGAAAAAGAAAAAAAACCCUUUAAACUUGCCUUCAAUUUAGUCUUCUUAGUUCUAUUUUUUCUGUUAUUAAGCUUAGAUUUGGCUUUGUUUUGUAACACAGAUCCUAGAACAAUCUAUUUCUGUAUUACCAUUCAGUAUUUUUCUCUGCAUUUAAUUUUUCACUCUUGUUCGGCUGUCUCCUUUCGAUCUCCAAAGAGUUGAAAACCUUUGAGGCUCUUUCAAUUUGCCAUUUGAUUCCUGAAAACACUUAUUUUGAUUUAAGUUUGUUAUUUUGGUUCACUUUGAUUUUCCCACCCCUGAAAAAAGUAAGUGCGAAGAACGAAGUAGAAAAUGGCUGGCAUCCUGCUUUCAGUAGCAUGUGUGGUUGCGGGCUACUUGAUUGAGUACUUGGUUGCUCCCAUUGGACCUAUGUUUGUUGAGUACUUGUUUGGUCCUAUUGCAAGUGUGAUUACUUACAUCUACUACUACAAGGGCAACUCUCAGUGCCUAAGGAAAGAAAUUGAUAAAUUGAUGCUUAUAAGAGAGAGGGUGAAGCAUAUGGUUGAUGAAGCUGGAAGAAAUGGGGAAGAAAUAGAAUCUGAUGUUCAGAAGUGGUUGAAGAGUGUGCAUGAGAUCACUGAAGAGGCAAGCAGAUUUUUUGAAGUUGAAGAAAAUGCACAGCGGAGAGUUUUUUGUGGGUUAUUUCCUAAUUUCAAGUUACGCUAUCAACUAAGCAGGAAGGCGAUGGAAAUGGUGAAGAUUGCUGAUGAACUCUUGGAAGAUGGUAGAUUUGAUAGAGUUUCCUACUCUGUUACACCACGUUGGAAAGGGUUUGCACCUAUUGAAGGUUACAAGGCUUUUGACUCUAGAAUGUCAACUUCCACGAAAAUUAUGGCCACAUUGAGAAAUGAAUCUGUCACCAUCAUCGGGGUGUAUGGAAUGGGAGGUGUGGGGAAGACCACACUACUUAAAGAACUUGGUAGGCAGGCCUUGGAAGACAAGUUAUUUGAUGAUGUGGUUAUGGCAACUGUUACUCAGAAUCCAGACGUCAAAAAGAUUCAAGGAGAAAUUGCAGACAGGCUAGGUCUGAGAUUUGAUGAGGAGUCUGUAGCUGGAAGAGCAGGUCAUCUUCGUGAGAGGUUAAAGAAGAAGAAGAAAAUCCUUGUGAUUCUAGAUGAUAUUUGGGCUAGGCUUGAUAUGGAGGAAGUUGGAAUCCCUUAUGGAAAUGCUCAUAAAGGCUGCAAAAUAUUGCUGGCUUCAAGAAGUUUAGAUGUAUUAUCCACUGAAAUGGAUGCUCAAAUAACUUUUGCUGUUGGAGUAUUAACCGAUGAGGAAGCUUGGGUUCUUUUUAGAAAAAUGGCAGGCGAUUCUGUUGAAGAUCCUGACUUGCAAUCUACAGCAGUGGAGAUAGUUAGGGAAUGUGCAGGUCUGCCUGUUGCAAUUGUAACUGUUGCAAGAGCACUACGUGAUAAGAAUUCAUUUGAAUGGAAGAAUGCCUCACGGCAACUAAAAAGGCCCAACUCAAGAAACAUGAGGGGAAUGCAGGCAGUCAUAUAUUCAACUCUAGAAUUGAGUUACCAUCAAUUAGAAAGUGAGGAACUCAAGUCAACUUUCUUGAUUUGUGGUAUGAUGAAUUAUAAUGCUUCUAUCCAGGAUUUGUUGAAGUAUGGCAUGGGUUUGGGCUUAUUUCAAGAUGUAUAUACAACUGAAGAAGCAAGGGACAGAAUUUAUACAUUGGUCCGCAAUCUGAAGGCUUCAUGUUUGUUGGUAGAUGGUACCAACGGUGAUUGUUUUAGUAUGCAUGAUGUGGUUCGCGAUGUUGCCACGUCAAUUGCAUCCAGGAAGAAUCAUGUAUUUGUAGUGAGAGAUGAUGUUGAGCUGUUGGAAUGGCCGGAUGAGGAUACAUUGAACAAGUGUACUGCAAUCUCUCUACAGUAUUGUGAUAUUAGAGAGCUACCUGAUCGGUUGCACUGUCCUAAGCUUAAGUUCUUUUAUAUGGGAUGUGAUGAUCCUUCUUUGAGAAUUCCAGACAAAUUUUUCAAGGGGCUGAAUGCACUCAAAGUCUUACACAUGGAAAAAGUGCACUUUCCUUCCCUGCCUUCAUCACUUUGUUUUAUGGAAAGCCUUCGAACUUUAUGUCUUGAUCGAUGUGUGCUGGUAGAUGUAGCCAUAGUUGGACAACUGAAGAAAUUAGUCAUUCUUAGCUUUGCUGGAUCCGAUAUUGCACAGUUGCCAAAGGAGUUUAAGCAACUGACUCGGCUAAAGGCGUUGGAUUUGAGCAAUUGCACGAAACUCAAAGUCAUACCACCCAAUGUCCUCUCAAGCAUGUUCCAAUUAGAGGAGCUACAUAUGGCAAAUAGCUUUGUUGGAUGGGAGGAUCCACUCAACACUCAAAGAGGCAAUGCUAGCAUUGCUGAGUUGAAGGAAUUGCCUCACUUGGUCUAUAUAGAUAUACACAUUCCAGAUGCCAAGGUUAUGCCAAAAGACCUCCUCUUUGAAAGUUUGAAAAGAUACAGAAUAUUUAUUGGUGAUGUUUGGGAUUGGUCUGGUGAGAAUGAAACAUCAAAAACAUUGAAGCUCAAGCUUGAUACAAGCAUUCAGCAGGAGGGAGCUGUCAUGCUGUUGAAGAGAGCUGAAGAUCUAUAUCUGCAUGGACUGGAGGGGCUAAGGAAUGUCAUUUACGAAUUAGACAGUGAAGGUUUUCCGCUGUUGAAGCAUCUUCAUGUCCAAAACAGCAGUGAGAUUCAAUAUCUCAUUGAUUCAAUGGAGGGGGAUACUUGCACUGCUUUCCCUAUCCUGGAGUCAUUGGUUCUUCACAAAUUGAUUAACUUAGAGAAGAUAUGCCAUGUCCAGCUCACAACAAUGUCUUUCCACAAGUUAAGAAUUAUGAAGGUAGAAAACUGUGACAGGUUGAAGAACCUAUUUUCAUUCUCCAUUUUUAGAGGCCUUGUGGAACUUCAAGAAAUCAAAAUAACUGAUUGCAAGGUCAUGCACGAAAUUGUGACUAUGGAAGGAGAGGAUGAUAUCGGCGAAAAGGAAACAAGUGCAGAGAUUCAAUUUCUGCAUUUACACUCAUUGGAGCUAGAAUGUCUACCAGAGCUCAAGAGUUUCUGCUCCAAAGUGAUGGAGGCUUCCAUAUCUCCAUUGAGGAAGACGCUACCAGCAAAAGACCAGUGUUCUGAACAAACAAUUUUGGAGAAUGAGCUAGAUAGUUCCACACCACUUUUCAGUGACAAGAUUGUGUUCUCCAACUUGGAGCUGUUAAAGCUCUCUGCAAUUGGCUCUCAAACGUUAUGGCAAGAUCAAACUCUGAGAAGUACUGCUGGAUCUAGCUUCCAUAAUCUAACAUUGUUGCGUGUGAAGGGCUGUCAUAAUUUGACAUAUCUGUUAUCAUCCUCUGCUUCAGUAAAUCUUGUUAAACUCAAACGUCUUGAAAUUCACAAAUGCAAUGCAAUCAAGGACAUAUUUAUUACAACGGGGGAGGCAUGGGUAGGUACACUGUCAUUCCCUCAACUUGAAUUCCUGAGCCUAAAAGGUCUUCCACAUGUCACCAGAUUCUGCUGGGGAAGUUCUGUAGUGUUCCCGUCAUUGAACAAACUGUACAUAAAACGUUGCCCAAAAUUAAAGGAAUUCAUUUCCAGCCCUACAGGUGCUGACAAAACGGUUGGCAUCAAACUAGAUGGAAUGAACAUGGAGGAGAGUCUCCACACUACUUUACAGCCUUUCUUCAGUGAAAAGGUCUCACUUCCAGCCUUGGAAGUAAUGAAAAUCUCCCACAUGCAUAGUGUGAAGAUGCUUUGGAACAAUCAAGUCAAUGGAAAUUCCUUUUGCAAAUUAAAGGCAUUGAAAGUUAAGCACUGUGGGAAACUACAUGCACUUUUCCCAUCAAAUACAUUUAGAAGAUCAAAAAGUCUAGAGUCACUGAUAGCAAUUGAUUGUGACUCCCUAGAAAAUGUAUUUGAAGUGCAAGAUGUGAAUGUUGAAGAAACACAUGCGGUGGCAGCCACUCGGUUAAGAAGCUUAUACUUAUCUCAUCACCCAAAACUUAGACAUAUUUGGAGUAAGGAUCCUGUGGGGAUUGUUAUCUAUUCAAGUCUACACUCAGUAAGUGUUUCCAGUUGCCCAAACUUGAAAAGUAUUUUUCCUGCCUCUGUUACCAGAGAUCUUCUUCAACUCAAGCAGCUGGAGAUAGACUCAUGUGCAGUGCAGGAAAUCGUUGCCAAGGAAGAAACACUGGAAAUAGCAAUAGACUCAUGCAUGGUGGAUGAACUUGUUGCCAAAGAAGAAGUAGAAAUUGCAGCAAGGUUUGUGUUUCCUCAGGUAACCUACUUGCGACUUCAUGCUCUAUCAGAACUCAGGAGUUUCUAUCCAGGGUUGCAUAUUUCAGAAUGGCCAUCACUGAAAAAAAUGGAGGUGAAUGGAUGUCAUAAAGUGGAAAUGGUUGCUAUGGAUUAUCAUGUCUUCCAAGAAAGGCAAGGGGCAGGCCAAUUUGAAAUCCCAAAUCCACACCCUCUAUUCUUGGUUGAAAAGGAUACAUUCCAGAACUUGGAGGAAUUGAGAUUGGAGGAUAACUGUGUCAUGAUGGAGACAAGGCAUUGUGAGUCUCUAGCAGAGUUCUUUUUCUCACGGUUAAGAAAACUGAAGCUGUCUAAGUUGUCUGAGCUGAAAUAUCUGUGGAAAGAAAACUCCUGCCCAACCAUAGUUUUUCAAAAUCUGGAAACUUUAGAAAUAUCAUAUUGUGGCAUCAUGAAAUCUUUAGUAGCAGCCUCAGUUUCAUUCAGACAUUUGACUUCGCUAGAAAUAUCAAAUUGUGAUGGAUUGGAAAAUUUGAUAAUUCCCUCAACUGCUAAAAGUAUGGUGCAUCUUACAAUAAUGUGUAUAAGUGAAUGCAAAAUGAUGACUGGAAUUGUAGAAGACAAGAUAGACGAGGCAGAUGCUGAGAUUGAUUUCAUUCGACUCAAGUCUUUGAAACUUCAAUAUUUGCCAAUCCUUACAAGCUUUUGUGCAGGAAGUCAGUCCUUCAGUUUCCCUACCUUGGAAGAAGUAAUUGUAAGCCAAUGCCCUCAAAUGCAAACUUUCUGCAAGGGAGUCCUCAAUACACCAAAGCUAGAGAGAGUUUAUAUAUCAGUAAAAGAAGAUCAAUGGCAUUGGGAGGGCAACUUAGAUGCCACCAUACAACAAUUGGCCAUUGAUAUGUAAUCCACAGUGGCAAAAUAUCUCAAAUUUUGGAGGAGGUUCUCUUUUUUUCUGAAACAGCACAAUAAUUUUGGAGGAAAGCAUUGCUCAUUGUUUUCUGCAUGUUGGCUGUGAUGUGAGAAUGAAAUAAUGGCAGGAAAACUUACAAUUUUCAUUUUUCUUUAUGAGCUAAAUAUGUGAAUCGUGAGCUAAACAAUUGAAUUGUUUUGAUGUUAUCAUCACUGGCAAUCUAUAUUAGUAUGUUAUUUUAUU